CAACAGAAUUAAAAAACCCUCCACACCACAGUGUGUUGGCAGUGGACAAGGAGAAGCAGCGAAAACACACAGCUGACUGAGGACAGUGUAGGAUGGCAGAUUUUGGGCUGUAUUCGUACCAGGAAGAAGUGGUUCAAAGGGCUCUCCGGGGAGAGAACAUAAUCAUUUGGCUGCCGACGGGAGGCGGAAAAACACGUGCAGCUGUGUAUGUGGCCAAAAAACACCUGGAGUCCAAACCGAACGCAAAGGUGGUGGUCCUCGUAAACAAGGUUCACCUGGUAGACCAACACUACAGCAAAGAGUUCAAGCCUUACCUGGACCAUGACUACACCUUGAUGGCAGUCAGUGGAGAGACAGGAGAGAAGGACUUCUUCGGGAAAGUGGUCCAGAAGUCAGAUGUGGUCAUCUGCACCGCACAGAUCUUGUAUAAUGCUCUGACUAACAUGGAGGACACCAAACACGUUGAGCUCUCAGAUAUUACUCUACUGAUAAUUGAUGAGUGUCACCACACCAACAAGGAGUCAGUCUACAACAAGGUCAUGGGAUACUAUGUGGAGAAAAAGUUGAAAGGAGAGCGACCGUUGCCACAGAUCCUGGGCCUCACUGCAUCACCGGGAACAGGGGGCGCCAAGAUCCUGAACAGGGCUGUGGACCAUGUACUGCAGAUUUGUGCCAACCUGGACUCAGCCAUAGUUUCAACUAAACACUAUGCCCCCGAGCUCAAGGAGAAAGUACCCAGACCCAAGAAGACGUUUGACAUUGUGGAGAAAAGGCCUGAGGAUCCAUUUGAGGAUCAUCUGAAGUGGAUGAUGCAGCUGAUCCAUGAGUACAUGAACAUACCUCCAGAUUUCAGUCUGAGAGCGUGUGGCACACAAGACUAUGAGGCAGAUGUGGUGAAUCUAGAGCGGCGAGGAGUACAAGACGGCAACAGAGUGCUGGCACAAUGUGCACUCCACCUCCGAAAGUACAGCGACGCCCUUCUCAUCAAUGACACCCUGCGAAUGAUGGAUGCUUUUCGCUCCCUAGAACAGUUCUACCAGACCGUCCCUGAAAUUGAUGGAACAGACUACUUCCUUGUCGGACUUUUCAAUGAAAAUCAGGUGGAGCUGAGGAAGUUUGCAAUGGAUUCUCGCUAUGAGAACCCGAAGAUGGCCCAACUUGAGAGCACUCUGCUAAAACAGUUUGGUCCAAGUGUGCAAUCAAGAGGAAUCAUCUUCAGUAAAACUCGUAAAAGCACCCACUGCCUACAUGACUGGGUCUCCACCAACAGAGCCCUACAGGAAGCUGGCAUCAAGGCAGCCAUUCUCACUGGGGCUGGCAAUGGCAUCGAUUACAUGACACAGAAUAAGCAGGCAGACACGAUCCGCAAUUUCCGCAAUGGUUCUCUCAACCUCCUGAUCUCCACCAGUGUGGCUGAAGAAGGCCUUGACAUCCCUGAAUGCAACCUGGUGGUACGCUAUGGACUGCUUACAAAUGAAAUUGCCCAGCAGCAGGCCAUUGGCCGUGCCCGGGCAAGAGACAGCCAGUAUGCAGUGGUCGCCCAGAAAGGGGGGCGGGAAGUGCAGCGGGAGCUCACCAACGAAUAUCUGGAAGAGCUGACUGGAAAAGCCAUUGCCAAGGUCCAAGAUAUGAGAUCUGAAGAGUUUCAGAGAAAGAUAACUGAGCUACAGACAGAGGCAGUUAUUGGCAGGAAAAUUGUAGAGAAGACCAAAACGGCGAUGAGGAGUCGCAACUCUGCUGCUAUUGUCCAGCUCUUGUGUCGCAGCUGUUUCAAGCCUGUGGCCUCUGGCAGUGACAUUAAACUUGUUGACAACGUGCACUAUGUCAACAUCAAUCCUGACUUUAAGAGACACUACAAAAUCGGUGGGCAGGUGAACCUGGAAAGGACUUUUGAGGACUGGGAGCCUGGACAUACAAUCAGCUGCAGUAACGAAGGCUGCAACAAGAACUGGGGAUUUGAGAUGAAGUACAAGAAGUUUGCCAUCCUGCCCAAUCUCGCCAUCAAGAACUUUGCCAUGGAGACCCCUGAUGGCAGGACUACUGUGAAGAAGUGGAAGGACAUCACUUUCCUUGUUGAGGAGUUAGACUUUGCACAAUACUGCGAAGAAAACUUCCCUGACAUAUUUGAUUGAGACACCAGUAAGAGAAAUCAGUGUGGGGUUCUUUUCUUCUUCCUCACAUGUCAGUUUUUAUCUGUUUUUUCCCAUGUGCCUGCAUUAAUUUGUGCUGCGGGCCAGUGAGGCAGCAGUGCGCUAAAACCCAUUACGCAUCGAUCAUGCUUGAAAUUAGCAUGACAGGCCAAAGGUCCUAACUCCUUUUGCAUGUUUUUGUGGGUACUGCCUCUGUUUCUUCUUAAGUCAUCCACAGAAACAAAGCACAAAAUCAACUCAGAUGUAACAUGAACCUUUAACAAUCAUGAACACUUGACAUGUAAUCACCAAGAUUUAACUGUUUUAAAAUGCUUUCAAUUAGCAGCCACAUUUUUACAGUGGAUGCAGUAUAUACACGUGUGUUUGUUCCUGUAGUAUGCAGAUACUGUGUAUGUACUGAUCAUCUCUAAUUAUUUUAUGCAAUUAUUCAAAUGUUUUAUGGGAGGUUAGUUUUAACAAUAUUUUAGCAUUAUAAAGCCACUUUUAUUUGACUUCAUUUGACUUUGUUUCUGUAUACUUUUUAUGAUGAGCAAUCAUGGCCGAUGUAAAUAAACUAAAAUGAAAGCUGAUAUGGAAUUUAAAUAAACAUUCCUCUUGAAAUGCCCA